UGCGGCUAUCGUGUACGGCAUUGCUGGGACAGAGAUCAGGAAUAGGCCUCUGGGAUUCAAGCCGUAUCGCGCUAGCUUCUGUUGUUUAUGUGCGGAUCUAUUUCGGUCAAGUUUCGCGUGCUCGUGCUUGUAGCUGCGUGUUUGACCUCUUCGUCCGACAUUCGUCGACGGAACCCUCGGCCUCAUUACAUCCCCUGCCGUCAUUAUCAUAUUUUCGUGGCUGUCCUAGCUAAGCAGGAUACCUCAUCCUCUCCCUGUCACGGACUUGAGGUUUCGUAGCUUGUAAUCUCUGCACUCAACCCCGUGUCACCGUACGAUCGGAUCGUUGAGUUAAUCCACGCUGUCCGUCCGUUCAGUUCCCACUCCAGCACCAGCACCAGCACCAGCACCAGCACCAGCGCUUGGAGUUUGGGGAAAAGCAAGAGUUUGGAUUUCCGUCGGAGGCAUCUUAGGAUUCACCUUCCCCUGUAGCAGUCUCUGCAUGGCGUGUUCCGCGAAGCAUCCGAAAGAUUGUCUUUGAGUGCUAAUCGGCAGCCGCCGCUCGAGCCUAGCCACCAUGGGCUCGGAGCAGCGCAGUGUGUUCACGGUGGGCAGCCGCGUGUGGGUGCCGGAUCAGGAGGACGCAUGGGCGGAGGGCGAGGUGGUGGGGGUCAAGGAUGGGGGGGGCGCGGCGGGGGGGCAGGUGGUGGUGCGGACCAUAGGGAAGAAGAAAGGCGAGGUGACAGUAGCAGCGAGUGCAUGCUACGCAAGGGAGGAGGAUGGGGGCAUCAUGGACGACAUGGUCAAGAUGGCAUAUCUGCACGAGCCAGGGGUGCUCUGCAACCUCAUGCUGCGCUACCAACGCAACCUUAUUUAUACGUACACUGGCAGCAUCCUAAUAGCAGCCAACCCCUUCAUGCGCAUCCCAGGCAUCUACGACCGGGAGAUGCGGGACGCAUACAGGGGGGCGCAGCUUGGCGACCUCAGCCCGCACGUGUUUGCCAUUGCUGAUAACGCGUACAGGGCCAUGGUGGACGACAAGCGCAGCCAGUCGAUCCUUAUCAGCGGGGAGAGCGGUGCGGGCAAGACAGAGACAACGAAGCUGGUGAUGGAGUACCUGGCGUCCGUGGGGGGGCGGUCUGAGGCCACGGAGGGGCGGAGCAUUGAGAGCCAAGUGCUGGAGUCCAAUCCCCUCCUGGAGGCCUUUGGCAACGCCAAGACAGUGCGCAACGACAACUCGAGUCGCUUUGGCAAGUUCAUUGAGAUCCAUUUUGACAAGAGUGGCCGGGUGUCCGGUGCGGCCAUCCGCUCGUACCUGCUGGAGCGGUCCAGAGUGGUGCAGAUAGCAGACCCCGAGCGCAACUACCACUGCUUCUACCAGCUCUGCUCGGGGGCUUCCGCUGAGGAAGCAGAGAAGUACCGGCUGCCAGCGGGGCCUGAGAGGGCGGAGAAGUUCCACUACUUGAAGCAGAGCAAGUGCAUCGAGCUGGCGGGCAAGAGGAGCAACGCGGAGGAAUAUGCCACCACGCGCAACGCCAUGGACGUCAUCGGUAUCUCGCAGGACGAACAGGCGUCUAUAUUCGGCAUAGUGGCGGCCAUUCUGCACCUGGGGAACGUGGAGUUCAAGGAGAAGGGCGACAAGAUGAGGAUUGCUAAACACUCUGAGGAGGCCUUGGAGAACACUGCACACCUGCUCUCGUGCGACAAGAAGAAGCUGCAGGAGUCCCUGUGCACUGUGAAGCGCAAGGUGGGCGGCGAGACCAUUAAGAGCUACCUGGACGAAAAGGGCGCCGUGGUGAGGCGAGACACGCUCGCCAAGACGCUCUACUCCAAGCUCUUCGACUGGAUAGUGGAGAAGGUAAAUCGGUCCAUUGGGCAGGACCCCGACUGCAUGGCGCUGAUAGGCGUGCUCGAUAUCUAUGGCUUCGAGCACUUCAAGCUCAACAGCUUUGAGCAGUUCUGUAUCAAUCUGGCCAAUGAGAAGCUUCAACAGCAUUUCAACCAGCACGUGCUGAAGCUGGAGCAGGAGGAGUACGAGCGGGAGGAGAUCAACUGGAGCUACAUCAACUUCAGGGACAACCAGGACGUGCUGGACCUGGUGGAAGGGGACAAAGGGAUCCUGACUCUGCUCGACUCAGCCUGCAAGCUAGCCCAGUCAACGCCAGAGUCCUUCACCAUGUCGCUGUACGACGCCUUCUUAAAGAACGAGCGGUUCACCAAGUCCAAGGGCUCAGUGACUGACUUCACCCUGGAGCACUACGCGGGGCGUGUCAAAUACAGCACGCUUGAGUUCAUCAGCAAGAACCUGGACGCCGUGGUAUCAGAGCACGAGGCGCUGCUGCAGAAGUCCACUGAUCCGUUUGUGGCCGCGCUGUUCCCGGCUGCUGCGGAGGAGGCUAAGGAGGGGGGUGGGAAGAGCGGCAAGGCCACCACCAAGUUUGCAUCGCUUGGCAAAUCGUUCAAGCAACAACUGGCGCAGCUGAUGGAGACGUUGAACCGCACAGAACCGCACUACAUCCGGUGCAUCAAGCCCAACUCCAAGAGCCGCCCAGCACUGUUUGAGAAGAGCAUGGUGGUGGAGCAGCUGCGAUCAGGGGGAGUGUUGGAGGCCAUUCGCAUGUGCUCUGCUGGCUACCCCACUCGCCGCCUCUUCGACGACUUCAUCGACAGAUUCUCGCUGCUCGUCCCCUCCCUCUUCGACAAGGAAAUGUCGGACCCUGACUAUGUGGAGGUCAUUCUGCGACAUGCCAAGCUGGAGAACUACCAGAUCGGCAAGACCAAGAUAUUUCUGCGGGCGGGGCAGAUGGCUCUGAUGGAGACGCACAGACUGGAGGUGAUGAACGCGGCUGCCGCCCGCAUUCAGCGCGCCACCCGCCGCUUCCUCUUCCGCAUGCACCGCGCGCGUGCCGCCCUCUGCAUCCAGAAGUUCUGGAGGGCCUACACGGCACGGCUGUUUGUGCAUCACCUGCGCCGUCGUCUGGCAGCGACGUGCAUCCAGAGGAUGGAGCGUGGGCGGCAGCAGCGCCUGCAGUUCCUCACGCUGCGGCGGGCAGCAGUGACGAUCCAGGCCAAGUACCGCAUGCACCUCUACCGCACCCGCUACCUCACCAUGCGCGACAACCUGGCUGCUACCAACAUCCAGAGUCACUGGCGCGGCUACGUGGCUCGCAAGCCCUGGAAGGCCUUGAGGCAGUACUUCUUUGCACGGCUGGCUAGGCUGCGAUACAAGAACCUCAAGGAGGAGGCGGCUCGCGUUGCUGAGCUGGCGCCACCGCGCAAGAAAACAGAGGUGGCCAUGGAUACGAUCCGCAUGAUGGUGCUGCGGGUGCAGCGGGACAAGGCAGAGAAGGGGCGGCAGGCGUUGGAGCGCCAGCUGGUGGAAGCAAGGGAGGAGGUGGAGCGGCGCGGAAAGGAAAUAGCGGCUCGCGGGCGGGAGAUAGCACGGCUGCAGGAGAUGCUGGAGGCAGAGCAGGCGCGGGUGGAGGCGGCCGAGGCGGAGGUGCAGGAGAUGGUGGCUGAGAGGGACGAGCAGCGCGAGGAGCAGCGCGAGCAUGUGGCUAAAAUGAAGGAGCUGACCGUGCUGCCAGACGUGCUCGGACAGGCGACAGAUGCUGGUGCUGGUGGUGAUGGGGUUGCUGUUAGGGAAGAGGCUAGGGUGUCUGCAGGUGCAGCAGCCGAGGCAGCAGCAGCAGCAGUGGCGGCAGUUGAUGGGGUGGUGGGAGGGUCCGAAGCAGCAGAGAGUGCAGCGGCGAGAGACGAGGCAGGAGGAGCUCAAGCAGCAGCAGCAACCGAAGCCUCAACAUUGGCUGCAGCGUCAGCACCCACUUCAGCAGCAGCAGCAGCAGCGGCAGCAACGGCAGCAGUGGCUGCAGUGAUCCACACAGGACCUGUGCUCUGUGCUAGGUGUGGGGGGAAUGUGGGCACAGCAGGAGGGAUACCCGUCUCACCAUCGGCUCUCCGCUCCCCCGUUUCUCCGUCCCCCCGCCGACCACCACCCUCCGUCCUCUCACCCAGAAAAACCCAUGCAGCUACUGCGAGUGCUGCUGCUGCUGUUGGUGAUACCAAGGAAGUUGAGGCAAGAGCCCCUGUGCAAGAUUUGGGGGCGCAAGGGGAGGAUGGACGGGAGGAGGGAGAGGAGGAGGAAGUGAAAGAGGUGGCAGUGGACGAGGGGAGGGACAAGGAGUGUGUUGUGGUGGGCGGGGAAGGCGAGGAGGAAAGGACAACGCUUGCCAACCACUUCCUGCCUCCUAUCCUGGAGAGAUCUGCAAGGAGCGAGGCGGCAUUGUCGGAGGAGGAGGAAGAGGGAGGAGCGAGAGGAGGAAAGGAUGGGGAGGAGCAGCAGGCGCAGGAGAAGGGUCAGGAGGAGACACAGGGAGGGAAGGGGGAGGCAGGGACAGCAGCAGCAGCAGCAGCAGCAGGGGGAGAGCAGAAGGGAGGGAAGCCGCGGCCUGUGUCGCCGCUGUCAGAAGGUGCUAACACCAUUCGCGAGCGGCUCACUCUGGAUGUGGGCGCCGGCACCACCACUAGUGGCACUGCAGCAGCAGCAGGUGCAGCAGGGACAAGCGGGGGGCCAGGAGGGGGCGCCCCUCUGCCUCCCAGCGACGGCAGCAAGCGCCCCAUGCGUCCGCGUGCCGCCUCCUCCUCCGGCUCUGGCUGGCAGAUCCCCUUCGACGAAAACGAGCACGACCAAUCAGGAGCAGAGCAGGACAGAGGCCCCUUGAGCGCGGAUAGGGGGCCGCUUAGCUCGGAGAGACACAGGAGGGUGUCCGGGGGAGCGGGAGGGGGGGCGGGAGGGAGGGAGUUUGGGCGGCACGGGAGCAGCUCGUUCCGGGGGUCGCCUGCGCGGGAGUUGGAGGGUGGCCAGCGGGUGGGGCGCGGGGACGAGGGGUCCUGGAGCGGGAGGAAGCUGGGGGGAGUGGGGUCGAGAUCGGCUCGCGCGAGUGAGGCGUCGCCGAGAGGAGCGAUGGGCGUGGGCAUGGGGAUGGGGACCCCGCCCACGCCUGGAGGGAGCGCGGCGGGGACGCCGAGGGGAAAGAGUUUGACGUUUUCGGCGAGCAACUUUGAUAAGAUCCUCGCGAGCAUGCAGCGCGAGGUGGAGAUCGCCCAGAAGAUGCGUGAGGAGAACAACUGGCUGCGUUCAGCCUACAAGGAGGCGGUGCACAAGGCGGAGGUGGCGGCAGCACUGGCAGGAGCGGAGAGGGCACGGGCCGAGGAGGCGGAGAGAAACGUGGUGGCGAGGGAGGAGGAGAUGCGGGAGGCGCUGGCCCGCUGCCACGAGCUGCAGGAGAAGCUGCUGGGCAAAUCGCGGGAGGUGCGCACGUUGAGUCAGAGGCUGAUCGCCUUCCAAGCCAGUGUCGCCAACGCCACGCCUGCCAUGCCCAUCGACAAACAGCAGGAGGUGCUUCUGAACGAGAUUGCUGUCAGCCGCUUCACGUUCGGCCCGCAGGGCCAGCCGGUGGCAGCGUGCGUGGUGUUCAAGUCGCUGCUGCACUGGCGCACGUUUCAGGCGGAGAAGACCAACACGUUUGACCGCAUCAUCGAGACGUUCCAGAUGGUGUCACGCUCGGACGACAUGAGCACGCUCAGCUACUGGCUCAGCAACCACGUGGUGCUGCUGUACCUCGUGCAGGUGGUGUACAAGGUGCCAGCGGAAAAGCCGAAGUUGGAGCGAGUCACCACUUUUGGCUUCUUCGGCGCCCGUCCCCCCACUCCGCCCCGGCCCAACGUGGCGGCGCAGCAGGUGGACCUGAUGCUGUUCAAGCAGCAGCUGGCGACGGGCAUCGAGCGGCUGUACGUGACAAUAAGAGACAGCGCCAAGACGGAGAUCGCUGUGCACUUCAACCCCCAGGCACGAGGAGGAGCAGAGGCCGAAGCAGGAGAGGAGGGAGAAGCCGGGAUGCCGCCGGUAGGGUCGAGGAGCCGGGGGAGAGGAGGCAGGCCGCCGCAGCGCAACGCGGCGACGGCCAUGCGGAAGCACAUCAUGUCGUACUGGACCAAUGUGGUCAUCACCCUGAGGCACAUCAUUGGGAACCUCGUGGCCAAUCACGUGCCGGCUGCCCUGCUGGAUGCACUUAUCCGCCAGCUGCUGUUCUACGUCAAUGUGAAGAUAUUUAACGGACUCAUGGUGCGGUCGCAGUGGUGCCCGUGCACGUACAGCAACGGCGAGCUCAUGGAGGAGGGGCUCAGCCGCCUGGAGCAGUGGGUGCACGAUGUGGAGGUGCAGCUGAGGGAGGUGCUGGGGGGGGAAAGGGAACCGCUGAGGAAGGAGCUGCGGCACCUGCAGCAGGCUAUUCUCUUCCUGACUCUCGAUCACAAGCCACGCAGGACACUCGAGGAGCUGCAGAUGCUGUGCCCCGACCUGAGCAUGAACCAGCUGGUGCACAUGUGCAUCUGGUACGAGGACGACAAGUACGGCACCAAGGGCGUGGACCCCAGCGUCACCGAGCAGAUGUGGAGCCAGAUGGUGGAUGACAGCCCCAUGCUGCUGAGAGACAGUGAAGGCAUCCCCUUCACCACAGACGAGAUCGUGCACAGCCUGCCCGAGAUAAACCUGGACGAGGUAGAGCCUCCCCCCGAGCUCCAAGAAGACGCCACCUUCCACUUCCUCCUCCCCCUCACCUCCAUGCCCCCCCCAACCCCCACUCCCGCCUCCAACACUCCCCGCAACGCCUCCCCCCGCGUGCCGGUGUCCCCCUCCACAUCCUCCAUUGCCCGGUCGGCCUCGCUCUCUCAUGCUCCCCCUCGCCCGGGCACCGCCCCCCAUCCUAUGGGCACUCCUAGGGGUACUGGAGUGUCGUCGGUUACGAGUACACCCCGCGUUCCGUCGAGCCCGUGGGAUUAUUUCAGGGGGAGGGGAGCCUGGAAGAGUGAAGAUGCGUGACUAGGGGUCUGAGGAGGAAGGGGCAAGUACACCACGUGUGACUUCUAGCCCCUGAAAUUAUUUCAUGGGAAUGGGUGCGUGGAAGAGUGAAGGUGCGUGACAAGAUUUAAUGACGGUGCAUGAACGAUACAAGUGUAGGUGGUGUGUCUAGGGCUUGAGGCAAAGUGUAAUGUAGAACGAUGCCAGUGCUGGUAGUAGGUUUGUACAAUAAUAUGGUGUUCGUAUGUGUGUGCAGCUGCUUUGCUCUGUAGUUUAUAAAUCUUUCUCACUUGCAUGGAUACAGCAUUAGUUUAUGCUUGCUAUAGGUUUUCAAAGCCAGUAGUUGAGAAUCAUACCAGGAU